CGCAGGAUUAAAUCGUCUUCUUUGUCGCACAAGUGGCGUGGCUCACUUAAGCCGGUAGUUGAGGUGCUGAGGGACGCACUAGUGGGAGUAUUCGAGGAUUCGCUUUGAUUCCUUCAGUUUUUGGGAAGAGCUGCAAGUUAAAAAUGUGUGUGAGGUCACUGAAUUUCUAAAUGUUGAACUACAUUAGAAAACUUAUCAAGUAUUGUUUGGGUCAAUGUGGCAGAGACUGCUAGUUUGCCAUCUCCAACCUAAGCAGUUUAAAAAAUCCAGAGGCCGAGAUGCAGCAUUAAUAGUAAUUAAAAGUUGGAAGUUUGCUGCUAAAUAUGGCAGACCCCGAUGUCCUCACUGAGGUUCCUGCAGCACUGAAGAGGUUAGCCAAGUAUGUGAUCCGGGGAUUUUAUGGUAUUGAGCAUGCCUUGGCCUUGGACAUCUUGAUCCGGAACCCCUGUGUGAAAGAGGAAGAUAUGCUGGAGCUGCUCAAGUUUGAUCGCAAGCAACUUCGAUCAGUUUUGAAUAAUUUAAAGGGAGACAAGUUUAUCAAAUGCAGAAUGAGGGUAGAGACUGCUGCAGAUGGAAAAACUACUCGCCAUAACUACUACUUUAUCAAUUAUCGUACUCUUGUUAAUGUGGUAAAAUAUAAAUUGGACCACAUGAGAAGGAGGAUUGAAACCGAUGAGAGAGAUUCUACUAACAGGGCUUCCUUCAAAUGUCCUGUGUGUAGUAGUACUUUUACAGACUUGGAAGCUAAUCAGCUCUUUGAUCCCAUGACAGGAACUUUCCGUUGUACUUUUUGCCAAACGGAAGUAGAAGAAGAUGAAUCAGCAAUGCCCAAAAAAGAUGCUCGCACACUUUUGGCAAGGUUUAAUGAACAAAUUGAGCCCAUUUAUGAAUUGCUAAGGGAGACAGAGGAUGUGAACUUAGCCUAUGAGAUACUUGAGCCAGAACCCACAGAAAUACCAUCUCUGAAACAGAGCACUGACCGUGCAGCAACUACUGCUGGAGCAGCUGCAAGUGGACAUCACCGGGAAGCAUGGACCACCAAAGGUCCCUCCUAUGAGGACUUAUACACUCAGAAUGUUAUCAUUAACAUGGAUGAUCAAGAAGAUCUUCAUCGAGGCUCACUGGAGGGGAAAUCUGCCAGAGAGAGACCCAUUUGGUUAAGAGAGAGCACUGUCCAAGGGGCAUAUAGUUCUGAAGAGAUGAAGGAAGGUGGCUUAGAUAUAGAUGCAUUUCACGAGCGUGAAGAUGGCCGUGCAGGGCCAGAUGAUAAUGAAGAGGUUAUGCGAGCACUGCUCAUUCAUGAGAAGAAGACCCCCUCUGCCACAGCAGGUUCAGUUGGGGCAUCUGCUCCUGUGAACACAGCCAAUGGCAGUGACUCGGAAAGUGAGACCAGUGAGUCAGAUGAUGACUCGCCACCGCGUCCAUCAGCUGUGGUUGCACAUCAUCGAGAAGAGGAUGAGGAAGAUGACGAUGAUGAGUUUGAAGAAGUAGCGGAUGAUCCCACUGUCAUGGUGGCUGGUCGUCCCUUCUCCUACAGUGAAGUGAGCCAGAGACCUGAGCUAGUGGUCCAGAUGACACCAGAUGAGAAAGAAGCAUACAUAGCAAUGGGACAGCGCAUGUUUCAGGACCUCUUUGAGUGAGCUUUCCCUGCUUCCCCCUCCAUUCUUAUACUCGUUUCAAAAAGAAUUUCUUUUUGUCAAAAAGUGUUUAAAUGGCUUUCUGCCCCCUCUUGAUGUAAAGUGACUGUUUCCUUGUACAAAAAAAAAAUAAUUGGAGAGAAAGUUUGGUUUUUAUACCAAGUUACCUAUGAAGGCUGGUUGACUAUAAGCAUUUCCUUCCUGUUAUUUACUACAGUGUUAUUAUUUCACUUUAUUUUCAUAUCUAAUCUUCCUUUGCUUUUUAAGACACAUUUUUCUCCCUUCUGAGAUGAGUAAGGGAAUUUUAUAAAAGGUUAUUCUUCUGUCUACCUGCAAAAGUCAGUGAUAGUGAUUCACUGAGUGCAUCCUUUUUAAAUCUAUUCUAAGCAUUCAAUAUAAUUCUUGAUGCUAUUGCUAACCAAAGCAGCUUGCCAAAAGGCAAAUUAUUGAUGUGCAGAAAAAUACCCUAAAACUUCAUGUUGCCUCUCAAUUCAGUACAGAAUAUGUUAGGGGAGGUGAGAGGUUGUACAGAGGUGGGGUGGAUAUGUGUAGGUCGUCUCCAUCCCUAUUAGAUAAACCAAAUUGUGUCUUUAGAACUGUCCAAACUGGAAGUUCUGUUGUUUAUUUAGUGUGUUUUGGUUUGAAUAUUGGAUGAUAGAAAAAUAAACAUGUUUUAUAAAUCCUUAUGAAGAAAUUAGGGGGGAGGGACCUAGGAGUAGGACAAGGCAUCCAUGUGAAGGGUUGGAAGGAUAUAGUACUAGCAGUGGUGCCUUUGUGCUGAUUUGGACAUCCUUUUCCAAAGCUGAGACUGGUCCUCUUUUUGAGCCUUCUAGUUCUGUGAAUGCUUUGAAUUGUUUAAUGAAACCAUUUGAACAGAAAUUGGCAGUUGGUCGCUGCUUUCUCUCUCUACUUUAUUGAAGAUUUUCCUUCUCUCACUUUUGAUCCUUCUCAAUCAUGGCAUGUUAGAGUACAUUCAAUUAUUGUGGAGUAUUAUAACCUCAAACAUAGUUUAUUUUUAUUUCUGUUAUGUAGCACAGUAUCAUUUCUUAAGGUCAAACUUUAAAAAAUAGAAAACUUUUAUAUAAGUACUAUAACCAGUAUUUUUUUUGGUAAUAUUUUCCCUCGCAUUGUGAUUUUUGUGUAUUUAUGAUUUUUGUAGUACCUGUGUGAAUUUAAGAUAGAGUUUAAAAUAUUGGAACCUUGUAUAAAUGAUAUUUUGUUUACCUGGAUCAUAUUGAAUACUGACAGUACAUUAUUUUAUUUAAUUUGACCUGAAAGUCAAUAUAACUUUACUAGAAAUACAUUCAUGAGAUUAAUUUGCCUUUAAUUAUUCUUCUGUUUUUUUUCUUUUGCUAUCUCUCCCAACCUAGAAUGAUGUAGGGGGAAAAAGUGGCUAUUGUACAGUAUCUAACUACUUUAUAUAUUGACUCAUUUAACCAAUUGUAACAAACGCUGUGUGUGUAUUACUAAAGGUGAAAAUUAUAGUGAUCUUAAUUUGUUAUACUGGAGAAGAUGUUCUCAUUUUGAAAGAAGAAUCAAAUUUACAUUUUAGGAAGUUCAUAUAGAAAAUACCUGGUAGAAUUACACAAAUGGAGUAGGAAAAGCAAGCUUUUUAUUUCAGUGUUAGGUUUUUGUGUGUGUGUGAAUUUUUUAUUUAAAAAUUCUAGCCUUAUCGUUUCUUUUAUUAAUUCAUAAAGUGUAGGAAUUAAUACCUAAUCAUAGCAGGGAUUUUUUUUCAGUAAUGUGUGAAUUUUACUAUAUUUCAUAACUUACCUAAUGCCUCAGUGGAGUUUAAUAUGUUAAUCACAAUCUGGCUUAUCUCUUGAGUGGGACAGUAGUCAGAUGAGAAAAGCCCAGACAGUGACAGAAUGUUAUAAAAUGGGAAUCCUGCUAUUAUCAGCCCCAAAGCUCUAAUACAGGCUUAGACUCAACAUUUCUAUAUGUAGUCUCAGUGUCUGUGGACAUUAAUGAUAACUGGAGUUGUUAGCACCCACCACUUAGAACAGAGGGUGAUUAGGAACUUUAAGUGAGACUAACUCUGUUAGUAUAACUCAAGUGUCAGUUGUCCAGAUGUACAAACCUUUCCUCUGCCCUUGCUGGUCCCUAAUUAGUUUUUUAUUUCAUUCCUAUUCCAAAUAUGGCCUUGUAAGUUUCUUUUUAUAUCCAAAGUGACCUAACAAGGUGUUUCUUUCCCCAUCUCUUGAGUCAGCAUGUGAGGUUAACUGUGUUUUUGAAAGGAUAUAUUUUUCUCUUCCCAUAUAACUAAAAAAUAUUACUUACUAUACUUUUUUUCUUUCUUUAUUGGGGAUUAAUGUUUUACAGUUGACAGUAAAUACAGUAGUUUGUACAUGCAUAACAUUUCUCAGUUUUCCACAUAACAAUACAGCCUUUAAUUACUAUACUUUGCCAAAAGUAAGGUGAUGAUUAAAUAACCUUGGCCCUAGGUGAUCUUGUAUAUAGUAUGUUUUCAUAUCUGCCCUUGAAGUUUUUUAUUUAGAUUCCCCAUUUCCAUAUUAAAUUUACUCAGUUUUUUUCUUUUUUAGUAAAAGUACAUCCUCUUAAUUUUUUAUUAUUUAUUAUUUUUAUUAUUGCCAGAGCACUGCUCAGCUCUGGCUUUUGGUAAUGCUGGGAAUUGAACCUGGGACCUUUAGUGCCUCAAGCAUGGAAGUCUUCUUUGUAUAACCAUCAUGCAAUCUCCCUAGCCCUACCAUAUUAAAUUUAAAUAAUUAAAACUAAAUAUUCAGUUUGGCAUAGUUUAGAAGUCAGAAGGAUGGGAGUUGGGCGGUAGUGCAGUGGGUUAAACACGUGACUCGAAGCGUAAGAACCAGCGUAACCCCCAGCUCCCCACUUGCAGGGGGGUCACAUCAUGAGCAGUGAAGCAGGUCUGCAGGUGUCUAUCUUUCCCUCUCUGUCUUCCCCUCCUCUCUAUUUCUCUCUGUCCUAUUCAACAACAACAGCAGUAACAACAAUAAUAAUAACCACAACAACAAACAACAAGGGCAACAAAAGUCAUAACCCUGGAGCAAAAAAAAAAAAAAACAAAAACAAGAAGUCAGAAGGAUAGAAGUCAGAAGGUUCUAAUCUUCAGCUUCAGCUAACUAGCUAACUAGACACUUGUACUGUAACAACAGCAAAAUCCAAAAAGCCUUCUUGCACUGUAGUAAUUCAGAUAAGGUGAUGGGUAUUUGAACUGAGGAACUAGGAAAGUUGACAGGUUUAUUGUUUGGAAUAUAGCAAAGUAUAGCAUAAAGUAAUGGCUAAUUUGAUUUAUCUUUACCUGUCUUGUAAAAUACUUCAUUUCUAGUCAUCUGAAUGACUGAAAAAGAAAUUAUUAAAUGUUUUUUAAUACUUUUUUUUGCUGUUGUUUUGAGAAAAUUAGGCACUGAAUGGGAACUAAAUUGGGAACAGUGGUUCAUUUAUUUUAUUUAUUUAUUUUUUUUUACCAUUUGAUUUUAGUUAGAUUUCCAACCAGGAUCCCAGUAGAAAGACUUACAUCUGUACUUCCUUGUUCUCUUUCCUUUUUCUUUUUUUCUUUUUUUUUUUUUUUAACCAGAGCACGUCUCAGCUCUGGUUUAUGGUGAUAUGGGAUAUUGAACCUGGGACUUAGGAGUCUCAGGCAUGAGUUUCUUUGCAUAACCAUUAUUCUAUCUGGGUUUAAAAGAAUCUAAGAAAUGACCAUCAAAAACCAAGUAUGGUGAUCUUCAGAAUUUAGGUAUUGGUAUUCUACCUUCUAGUUGCUUAACAUUUUGUUUUUUUCCAAACUACUUCAUGAGUUAUUCUUGACAGAGUCAGGCCAUUAUCACUUCCUUUCUUUCUUUCUCUCUCUUUCUCUUUUUUUUAAUCUUAGGAAUUGAAGUUUUUUUUUUUUUUUUUUUUAAUGUGGUAUUGUGGUAAAUUUACUUUGUUCGGUUGACUUUUAUGUUAUAAAAGAAACAAAAUAAGCAGUGAGCAAGGUUAAGUAGGGGUACUUUUAUAACAGGGAACGCCAACUAAGCUAAGGGGAAAGUGUUAAAUUUUUUUGUUGUUAAGAACUAAAGAAGUAAAUUAAUUCUAGUGUGCCGUCAAGGAAAAAGGAAAUAAGUAACUUAUCUUUUAAGAAAGAACUUUAUGUGCAAGUACUAGAGGUUACUUUUCCUAUUCCAUUUGCAAAGCAGGCCUAGUACGUGACCCAGUUUCAACAAUCAUACACAUUUUUUGUUACACUAAAGUAUAAUAUUACCUACUUAAUGUAAAUAAGUCUGAGAAAGUAGUCUAGAAGGAAGAUAGAUGCUAGAUCCUAAAGUUCCUUGAAUUACGGUAAAGUGUACUUGAUGACUGUAUAGGUUUUUUUGUUAUUAUUUAUGUGCAUUGAUUAUUUUUUAAAAUUCAUCCAAUAAUGUGAUAUAUAUGAAAUGAAAACUUCCUAUCUGGCUUUCCUAUCUUUCUACUCCAUGGGUAGCCAUUAUUCAUAGUUUAAUAUGUCUCAUCCCAGACUUUUUGUAAGCUUUUAUAAACUGCAGUGCCUUUUAAGUAAAUGCAGUCAUAUACACAUCUUUUUAUUUUAUGGGUCUUGCAAAUCAUUCCAUAUUAGUAAAUUUAAGUCUGCUUCAUUUUUUUUAGACAGGCACUAGAUAUAAAUUUAUUAACACAGUUCUGUAAUAGUUUAUAUAAAAAUUUCCUUAUUUAAUAACAUUUUGGUAGUAUCCAGUUUUUCACCGUUAAACUGCUGUAAUGAAUUGGCAAGUUUCCCAGCGGGGCUCCUCAUUUCCAGUCUUAAACGGUCUUAAUCCCACACUCCACCCCAACAGAGAAUUUAACUACUCCCUAUGUACAAACACACAAAAAAAAAUUAAUUCAAGUCAGAUUACACACAUACACACACACCUUUAGGAUAAUAUCUGAUCUUUACCUGUUUUUAUAGGCCCUAAGUGGUCUACGUUUAUAAAUUUAUCCACUAUUUCCUAAUCACUUUGACACAAAUAUGCCAAGCUUUUUCCUUUGCCUUAAUUGUAUUGUCUACAUAAAACAGUUUUACUACUAUUGUGUAUUUUAUUUUAUUCUCAACUUAAAGGCCACCUCAGAAAACCCCUUUUUCCAUAUCUAAGUCUCAUUCAUGUUCAUAUAUUUUUUCAUAGCAAUGUUGCUAUUUGAGGUGAAUUUGUUUAUUUCUUAAUUAUUUAUAUAUUCAGUCCCCUCCCCCCAAGACUAUUAGUUUCCUGAGGGCAGGAUACUAGUAUAUAUAGAACUAAUUCUAGCACAUAGUAGGCUCUCAGUAAAUACUGAAAGGCUGAAUUGACAGUAGACUUUAUCUCCACAAAGAUUGGUCAUUUUUACCUACUUGAAUUAUAUAUGUAUAUAUAUAUAUUUUUUUCUUUUUUUAAUCACUUAAUUGUCUUCACAAGUGGUUGAUGGUACCUAGGGCUGUGUCUUCAGGACUAACAGUAGAGGGUACCAGAAUAUAGUUUCUUGGGUACAGCCAAUGAGACAUCUAAAAACUUGAAUUCUGAGGUGGAAAAAAGGAAUUCAAUAAGUGCUUUAUCUGAGACUGCACUGUUCUGUAAGGUAGGGAGUAACCAUGGUAUGUUGAGUACUUGAAAUAUAUCUGGUCUGAAUUGAAAUGUGCUAUAAAUAUAAAAUGCAUACUAAGUUUUGAAGACUUGGUAUAUGAACAAAGACUGUAAAAUAUUUCAUUAAUGCUUUUUAUGUUGAUUAUGUGUUGAAAAAUAAUGCUGUAGGUAUGUUGAGUUAGAGGAAAUGUAAGUUGGCCAUUAGAAAAUUAAAAUUUGAAUAUAUGGCUCCCAUUUGUAGCUUGUGUUUGUUUUCUCUUGAACAGCACUGGGCUAGGGCAUUUUCUUUAGUUGCUAAGAUUAUGUGUAUUGUACUUUGUGAUUAUUUGUACUUACUCAGACAAGUUUUUCAAUGAGUGAAUUCCUCUCCUUCACCCUGUAUGAGAAAGGUGUAUUUGCAUAGAAAUAAUGUUGGACUUUACUUCUGGUUUAAUUUUUUUUCCCUUCUGGGGUGGGAGUGGCUAGAUGAAUCCUCCAUACCCCAAGCUGAACAAAAUAUAGGGAUGUCAGCAAUGGUGAUAAGAAACUGAGGCAUUUUCAACUAUUGAGACCGAUGAUGUGAUGUUGGAAUGAUUUGUUAAAAGUGCUGUUGACUUCUGGUUGAAUAAGGAACUUGAAAUACCUUACAUGCUGGCACUGGAGAAGCAAAGGCCCAUCUGAAAUCCAAGGAAAGCUGGAUACCUGAUAUGUUGUUCUUUGAUAUAUGGUGCUGGUGAAGUUGUUCAUGUGUUUAGUCUCUGUGUCGUCCCCUUGCUAGAAUGUAUGCUCUAGGAGGGCAGAUUUUAGCUUUUUUAGCGUAAUGGUUUGUCUCAUUCCUGACUCAAAGCUUGGCACAUAGUAAGCAGUCAUUGAUACAAACUCAAUGAAUAGCAGUGAUGUCACAGUUUCUUCAGGUCAGGAAUAAACUGACUUUAUAUGAAAGAAUAUUAGUGUCAUUUUUUGUUGUUACAUGUACACUUAAUGUCUGUGAUUCUGUUUUGUGUUAAUUAUUCUCCUUUUGAAAUAUUUACAGAUGGUGAAUACUGAUCUGCAUAGCAAAGGGCAUUUCUCCAACAAUUGAUGAAACCAAAGUACAUCUAACUCAAGACUUGGGUAUAAGUUUCUUUUUUGUAGUCUAAGCUAAGGUCAUUCUAUAAAGAAAAAUUUGUAAAGAACAAAGAUUCUAUUCAACAAGGUGUUUGUCUCAAUAAAAUUGAUGGCAUUGGGAUUGCCUUUACAAUAUCAAA